AUUCUAUCUGUCAAAAAAAAUCAAAAAAUGACAAAUUGACAUAAAAAGAUGUUUUGAAUACAAAACAUGAAAAACUAUAAUUUUUCAUUAUAGUACAUUCGACUUAAUUUCCAGUAAUCAACAUAAUUAUGGCAUUAUCUAAGGCUGCCAACAAUGGGUAAACAGUGGAUUUAUCAUUUAGCAAAAACUGAAUGUGAGGUUAGAUCAAAGUUAGAUCUCAAAAUUAUAAUUAAAUUUGAAUAUCUAUUCAAAUAUGAACAUACGUGAGCACCAGGACGAUGAGGAAUUUCUUUUAGAUGAUGAAAAUGCAUAUCUUAAAAAUUGCGAAACACAACAGAGUUUUAACUGGACCAAUGUAAAUUCAAAUUUGGGUCAUGACUUGAACAAAAAUUAUUUUGAUUCAGAAAAUAUCGCUCCAUUAACAAUGAUUAACGUUGAGGACCAUAAUGACAAUUUAGAAGAUUCGCCCCUAUUAAUUAAUGAUUUUUAUCCCGAUUCUGUAGACGCAGACUUUCAUUGUCACCACUCUUUAACAUCAUCAGAAGAUUCAAAUGCCUGGAAAAAAUUGAGUAGUGCAGCAAUAUUUUGUGGUGUGUUUAUGAUUGGUGAGCUAAUUGGUGGUUACUUAGCAGGCAGUUUAGCAGUGAUGACAGAUGCAGCACAUUUAUUUUCAGAUUUAAUAGGAUUUGUAAUUUCUUUAUUAGCAAUAUGGAUCGGUAAAAGGCCUCCCACGAAAACAAUGACUUUUGGUUUUUAUAGGGGCGAAGUUAUUGGUGCUCUUCUUAGCGUGUUAACAAUUUGGUUAUUAGCGGCAAUUUUAUCGACUUUAGCAAUUAAUAGACUAUAUAAUCCGAAUUUUGAGAUAGACGCAGACACUAUGAUUAUCAUAUCAUCUAUUGGACUGGUAGUGAACAUUAUUAUGGGUGCAAUUCUUCAUGGAGUCUGUCACACACAUUCACAUGGACUAACUCAACAUUCCCAUUCCUCGUCCAAUAUAAAUGUACGCGCUGCGGCUGUGCAUGUCUUGGGCGAUCUUCUUCAAAGCGUAGGGGUUCUACUCGCGGCUAUCAUCAUCAAGUUUGAACCAAGUGCCAAAAUGGCGGAUCCCAUUUGCACUCUUGCCUUUUCAGUGAUAGUAAUUUGUACAACUAUGAGAGUUGGAAUAGAUUCCCUAUGGUUUCUGCUCGAAGGUAGUCCUGUGGAUACUAUGAGAUUGAAGAAUGAGAUUAAGAAAAUUACGGGCAUCAAGCAUGUACAUAGUUUUCACGCUUGGGCUUUGUCGCCUGGGAAAAACAUUGUUACUGUCCAUUUGGCUGUUGAUCAAUUCUGUGAUAGAGACCUCUUACUCAGGAAAGCUGCGUCUACAAUACAAAGCCAAAUAUCAGUUAUAAGUUGUACAAUUCAAGUAGAAGCUUACAACCAUGAGUUGAUAAAUUUAUGUAAUGAAUGUCAAAAUCUUCAGUGGUGAUAUAAAUUAAUAAACAUUUUUCCAUAGUGUCAAUAUUGUAAUUAAUUUUUUUGUUAAAAGUGAUGUUCCUCAUUCCUCUCAGUAUUUUAAGUUUUUACUUUUUUGACUACUUGUUUUUUUUUUGUUGUCUGUUAAAUAAUGUUAAGAGUAAUUUCUUCAUGUUAUUUUUUUAAUUUUGUAUAUUUUUUGAAUCUUGUCAAUUCUUAAAUUGCAUUGAGAAGUGCCUUUUGUAAAACAAUGUUAAAAAAAUUAUAUCUACUAUUUA